AGGAGGCCCACAGGCUGAGGGAGCCCACAGACGGAGGGAGUCUAAGGGGAAGGGAGCCCACAGAGGGAGGGAGCCAGCCCCCAGGCUGAGGGAGUGUAAGUGGAGAGAGGGCCCACAGGCUGAGGACACCCCCAGUCGGAGGGGCUGCAGCCCCCGCUGCCCCGUCCCUGCCCCUGCUGCCCCUCUGCCCCGGGUUGGAACGGGGCGAUUAGACGGGUGGCAAGGAUGAGGCUGCCGUGCGGGCUGCUGGCCCUGGCACUGCUCCUGGUGCUGCUGAACCAGGGACAGUGCGGCACCUCGAGCGGCGCGGACACGACCCAGGACCAGGACCAGGACCAGGCGAAGGGUGAGGCCCAGGCGGAGGGUGAGGCCCAGGCCCAAGCAGCCCCGACCGAGGAAUCCUACGCUGACUGGGGCCUGCGAGGCCUCCGCGGCGGCUUCGACUACCUCAAUGGCUACUUCGACUCGUUCCUGGAGCUGCUGGGCGGGAAGGACGGCAUCUGCCAGUACCGAUGCCGACACGGGAAGGCACCAAUGCCCAGACCUGGCUACAAGCCGCAGGAACCCAACGGUUGCAGUUCCUACUUCUUGGGUCUCAAGGUACCAGAAAGUCUGGGCCUGGGGAUCCCAGCCAUGACCAAGUGCUGCAACCAGCUGGACCUCUGCUACGACAUCUGCGGGGCGAACAAAUACCGCUGCGAUGCCAAGUUUCGCUGGUGCCUUCAUUCCAUCUGCUCCGACCUCAAGCGCAGCCUGGGAUUCGUCUCCAAGGUGGAGGCCUGCGAGUCACUAGCAGACACCGUCUACAACACUGUGUGGACCUUGGGCUGCCGGCCCUUCAUGAACAGCCAGCGGGCGGCCUGCAUUUGCGCUGAAGAGGAGAAGGAGGAAUUGUGAGGAAGGACCAAACUCCCUCUCACCCCCUGGCCUUGGACACACAUUCACGUUCCGCAUGCGUCUCUUGCCCUGAGUGGACAGUAUGACCAAGAAACUCUUUUCAGCUGCAUCAGUUCCUCAAGCUGGAGCAGCUCUGCUGCCUACUAUGUAGUAGGAGGGGAGCCUGCAUUCGGGGCAGCUGAGGAGCGUGUCCCUGCAUUGGUGGAGGACAGAUGAUUGGGUGUGGGCUGGUGGGGCAGGCUGUGCCCUCCUUCAGGACUGGUCUCUGCCCUCUGAGGACCAUCUGCCGGGAACCGCAUCCAUGGCAGGCAGGCGCACAGAGCGGCAGAGAGGAACAACAGCGGCAGGAAAUGCGCGGCCCAGAGCUCGGGGAUCCUCGGAGGGAGCUUUGAGGCAGUGCCUGUGCUAAGUUGUCUGGGAUCAAGGGCUUGCUACAAGUCCGUUUCACUUGCUUUCAGGAAAACUCUUCUCCCUUUGUUCCUUGGGGCACACAAUAAACCAGACUCUGCAAAAACUUGGAAAAAGAUUGCUCCCUUGGGUCUCUGCCCCUCAGAAAGAGGAAUGAAGCAGCCUGGCCAAUUUCCCCGCUAAUCAUUUUCUCCUCCUCUUUGCAGCACAGGUGAAAUGUUGAUGGCACCUCAUUACAGUGAGAACUAGCAAUGCUAAUUCUACAGCUUGGGGCAAACGACCUCAGACAGCUAUCCUGGGAAGGGGUACUUUAAGGCUGUUAUCGCAGAUGAAUCGGGACAGAUUCUGGAAUAUUUAUGCUGAAAUCUGAUACCACAGUUUGAACUGCUAGAAGCCUCCACAGACAAACAGAAAUACAGAAUGUGAGGGGGCCUUGCUUCUCCCUAGUGAUGUCACCCAGGAUGGUGCCAAUCCCUGGAAGUCUUGCCCUUGGAAGACAACUCUGUCCCUUUCACGUUCACGUGGAGGAUUCCCUAUGUGGCUUUUCCCUCCAUUUCUUUUGAAUCUUGGCUGCAGAGGCAAUCCCAAAUGCAGCCUUCCAGGUAACAAUGCCGUGAUGGACCUAAGUUGCUGAUAGCGAAGAAGAUCUUGGAUAGAGUGGGGAACAUCCCUCCUGCAGACAGAGACAUUACUGUGGCGUUCUUCAAACUCUGAAAGGAGCUUCUGGUUCACAAGCUUUGGAUCUCUCAGGUCUGGCGGAAACUGGCAGGUAAGUAGCACAAUUCUACCUUGUAACUCCACAGUAUUUUCCAG